CACGAGUCACGGUUCAACGUUCUUCACAAGACGAUUUUACAGUAGUGACUAAUGUGACUACAACAGUGGCAAACACGUCAUAAUCACGCACUCGAAACGAGGUGCGAUCAACAAGUGACGCGUAGAGCCGACUAACUGUGCGCUGCGAGUUCCACGCCACGAGAAUGCUACGUUAGUGCACGCUUCGUUGUGGUGGUGAAUGGUGUUGAUGAUAACAUGAACCAGAGUAAUAAUAAUAAUAAUAAUUCCUAUCAUAUUAUCAUAUGUUGUCAAUGUUUUGUUUCGUUUUGUUCAAUUCUUUGCAUUACAUUGAACGUUCUACAUUCCAUUAGUAAUUAUCGGCAGCAAACAGCACAUGACGAUCGAGAUGAGUCAUGGAGAAUUCAGACUAUCGUCCAUUGCCACCUCCAAGGAAUAGUGUCGCUAGUAAAUGGAUGAAAAAAAAACCACCAGUACCAUUACCGCGCAAAAAUGUAAACACAAAUACUAGUGUUUUGAAAGAUGGCUCAAGUUCAACAUCUUCAACUUUUAAAGAAAUAAACAUUAUGUUUGAAAAACAUAUUAAACCAGAAAUAAAAAUGGCAUCUGAAAAUGUUCAAGAACGAAAAAAGUCUGUCAUCGAAAGUACUAGAAGUAUGAGCAUUUGCAUUGAAAAAUCAUUUCGCAGCCUCUUGCCUAGACCUGCACGACAACAUACAGUUAGUCAAACGUCUGAAGAUUUCAAACAAGAUGUAACUGAAUCUCCAAUUGACAACGACAUAUUUUCUUCGUUAAGUUUCGAUUCUCCAAUUCCAUCAGAUAGUAAUUCUGAACGAUCAUUUAGUAAUUAUUAUUCAGAAUCAGACUUCUGUUGUUCACAACCUCCAAAUUUUCCUCCACCUCCUUUGCCUCAAGAUUUAUUGUACGAUAAGAUACCAAACUCAAGUAAUUGCAGUAGCCAAUGUGGAUCAUAUUCAACCGAAAACAUUUAUGAACUUAUCACAAUUGGACAAAAAAAAUCACAAGCUACUUCCUCAUAUGAAAACUGGAAUCCAAUAAAUGAGGGAAGUGUCAACAUUAAUAAUACAAGUAAUAUUAAAAAUGAGUCUAAGAAUGGAAAAUCAGAUAUUUAUGAAAGUAUUGAACCAACUUAUUUAUUAAAUAAUGAAGACUUUUCUAAUAAUACAAAAUCAGUAGUUCUACAAUUUGACCCUUUACAAAGUUCUUUUGGUAAUGUAUUGAAAAAAGAAGAAAAAGAAGUAGAAGAAGAAUGCUUAUUAUUACAAGAAAUUGAUGAAAUAUUAUAUUCAUCUCAUUACAGUACUACUGAAUCUACAAGUGUUGUAAAUCUUGAAAAUAUAAAUGAAGAUUUGUAUGCUGUUCCUGAUCCUCCAAUCCGAACAGAUUCGAUUGAAGAAUUUUCCAAUCCAGUAGUGUUACAUACUGAUGAUGAAAUAGAUAAUAGUAUAGAUUUAAAAGAAGAAAUAAAAGUCGAUCCUACAUUUGAAGAAAAACCAAGAAAAAAUUCAUUAAAAAGUUGGCUUAGUAUGAAACGUACUUUAAAAAAAGUAGCUGAUGGAUCAACAGGUUCAGUUCGAAAAAUGAAAUCAAUACUUAAACCAGAAGAAAAAGAUUUUGUAUCAAUAGAAAAUUCUAAUAUCUUUCACAGUGGGGUUUUGUUCGUAAGUGUUGACGAAAAAAAUAAAGAUCUUGAAAAAAAAUGGUGUCAAAUUGCUGGUGGUCAACUUAAGUAUUCAACCAAUAAAAAUGAAAUGACAAAUUUAAUUUCAUUGGCUUCAAUAUUAAGCAUUCAAAUAGUUAAUGAAUCUAAACAAAAGGACGGUGAAGAUAUAUUUUGUUUUAUAGUGAAAUUCAUGUCUCGUCCUCAAUCAAUUUUGUUUGGAGCUAUGUGUACUACUGAACGAUCAGUGUGGAUGCAGAAAUUCUUAGGAUCAACAACAAAUUUAUUUCCACUUAAAAUGUCUUCUGAAUUCAGUAGAGCUGGUUAUGCUUCAUUGAAAGAAGGCAUAAAUGGUGAAUGGAAACUAGCUUGGUUACUGCUGUACAACAGAGUAUUUGCUUAUGCUAAACAAACAUUUGGACCAGAAAUUAUUGAUUUAAGAAAAGUCAGAAAUGUAGCGAUUCAAGAAGAUAAAGAAUUAGAAGUAUCUGUGUUAGUCAUAGAUUGUAUUACAAGGUCAAUUUAUUUGAAAUUUGACGAAGAUUCAGAAAUUUUAAAAUGGCAACAUAUUAUAAAAGCAGAAACUGUGAAUACAGGUCCACAUUUAAAAGAUCAGCAAUUAAGUAAAGAUCAAAUUCCAGUCAUUGUUGAAAAAUGUGUUAAAUUCAUUUACGCUCAUGGAUGCUUAUCAGAAGGUGUUUACAGAAGAAGUGGUUCAUGUUCUAAUGCUACUAAACUCUUAUCUGCAUUCAGAAAAGAUGCUUGGGCUGUUCAAUUAAGUCCUCAAGAGUAUUCAGUAUAUGAUGUGGCUAGUGUAUUGAAAAGAUUUUUUAGGGAUUUGCCAGAAUCUGUAUUUACCACUGAACUUCAUACUCAUAUAUGUAAUGCUGCAAAAUGCAAUUGUUCAGAAGAUGAAAAAGUUAUACUUUAUAGAACUUUGUUAGAACGACUACCAGCUAUUAAUUUUGUUACUGUGCGUACACUUCUAAGUCACCUAUAUUAUAUUCAACUUCAGAGUGAUAAAAAUUUAAUGACUGUGCAAAAUUUAGCAUCUAUUUGGGGUCCUACUUUGAUGCAUAUUGAAGACAGUGAUUCACUUAACUGGUCAAAAAUAGAAUCUGAAGUAAUAAAUGAUCUUAUACUUUUAUAUCCUAAAUUAUUUUAUGUGGAAGAUGAUGAAACAAUACGAGAAGAUAGAAUCUUAGAAGCAUUAAAACAAUAUAAUUUAUCAAAUGGUAAUAUACCUCAACCAUCAAAACCUUCUGGAGAUUUAAAAAUUUGGAUUUAUCUUGGUUCAAAAGAUAGUGAAAACUGUGUCAAUGUCACUUUAAGUCCAGGUAAAACUGCCUUUAUGGUUUGCAGUGAACUUGCUAAUAAAAUGGGAGCUAGUGGAGGAUAUUUACUUGGCUUACAAGAGGUAGUAUGUAAUGGAGCAAUGAUUCGUCCAAUUCAUCAUUCAGAAUGUUUAUUAGAUAUAGUUCUGUUAUGGGCUUAUUGGGAUGUAAAGUUUAGAAAAGACAAUUAUAUUGUUUGUCUCCAACCAAAUUCUUUACUUAUUGAAAUAAUGCCAUUUGCCAAAGAACCCGUAACUUUUUGUGCAGAAUUGAAAUUUGCAGAACAAAAGAGCAAAUCAUUUAAAUCCUAUUUAUUUGAAAUAAGUGAUGGAAAAUUAACAUGUUACAAAGAUAAAUCUGGAUCAUCGACAUUACAUGAAUGGUAUAUCAAAGAUGUAAUUUGGUAUAUUGGAUUUGAAUCCAAAAGAAAUCCUCAUACUAGAUGGUGUAUAACAUUUAUUUUAAAGAAUGAUCUUCCAAAAGAAGUGAAAGAUAAUUUUGGUUGGUCAAUUGCUGGUACUACUAAAGAAGAUCAUUUGCGUUGCAUGGCUGCAAUGUUAUUAGCUGAAUAUGGAGUUGAUAAUAUUUCUCCUCCGGUGACUGUGAAUUUACUAGAUUAUUAA